AACACACCUAACUGAGGCUAACUCACAACUGAGUGACGUGACGACGCAAAGAAGACGAAUAGAAGAAUUUUUAAACCAGGAAGUUGAAUAACUUCAACCGUUUAAUGCUAAAGCAAAAGCCUAGACGUUUUGAUAUCGAUGUUGUUAACAAUGAGCAUAAAUGUCCCCUUUAUGAUAUCAACUUACCUUUGGUGUAUGGCAUUCUUUCUUCCUUGUGAUGGAGUAAUUCUAUCACCUCCUCCUGACACAAGUUUUACAUUUUUACCUGGAGAAACACACAAUAUAACCUGGAGAUUUGAUGACGAUUUAAAUGAUUUGGUCAGAAGAGAUUGGUCUUUUACUGGUAGUAAUGGUUCACAAUCAACACUGUUGGCCACUGUCUCUCUGGAUUUGCCAUUGGUAAAUUUUAAUGAUCCAAUUCUUCCAAAUUAUGACGUCUACAAACCUUCAACGCUGCGAUUAAGAAAUAUCACUCAUAGUUAUGAUGGAACGUAUGAGUUUCAAUUAACAAGAAGGGGCAGUGCGUCAUCUUUUAUAUCUAAAGUCAGAGUUUUCGUUGCAAUGAAACCAAAUGUGACUAUUAACAAUUGUUCAACUCAUGUGGUUGUGAAUGAAAGUGAUAGUGUGUCAUGUGUAUGUAAAGGUGAAGGAGGUAACCCUCCUGCUAAUGUCACAUGGUUUGAUAAAGAUAACAACAUAAUUGGUUAUGUUGGAGUUGUAAGUAAGACAUUAGUAAUCCCUAAUGUUGCAGUGAAUGAUGAUGGAAAUUACACAUGUAAAGUACAAAGUUAUGAUGGUGAAGAUUAUAGAGAUGAGAAAUCUAUUAAAAUAGUAGUGCAAUAUCGACCACGACAAACCAAUAUCACCAUCAGUCCAAUGUCAGCCAGAAAAGAUCAAAAUGUGACAAUAUCCUGUGAAUCAGAUGGGCAUCCUGAACCAACCUACACCAUUUCCCGCAUUGGUACUGAUAACACGUCUGUUGUCAGCAAUAAAAAAACAUACACCAUUCAGUCCGUCAACUUCAGUGAUGCUGGUUUGUAUCGUUGUGAAGCAAAGAAUGAACUGGGCAUUGAUUUAUCUGAGGUUAAAAAUCUCACUGUCAACGAAGCUCCCAUGUCAAGCUCACACAGUCUAUCGCCGUCAAUAAUUACGUCAUCGAUGACGUUUACUGUGACCUUUACGUCAUCAAUUAGUUCCACUACCACUAACAACGUUGGCCAAAAUACUCCUACAAGCAGAGAUGAUGGCAACAAUAACUCUAUUGGCCCUACGACUCUAGACAAAGAGGAUAAUGAUGGACCAAAUAUUGCUCUGAUUGUUGGCAUUGCUGUUGGAGCGGUUUUCCUUGUCGCCAUUCUAGUUUUCCUUGUCAUUUUCUGCUAUCGUAAAUCAAAGCAAAGAAAAAGACACCGUGAUGGUAUAAGUGUUAAACCAGUGGUUGGAGAUAACAAUUAUGAACUUGAUGGUGCACCCGGUGUUAGCAACGAGAGUCAUUAUGAAUCGGUGAAGGAUGAUAGAACAGACAAGAAUCUUCCUGUUGGUAAAUCCAAGCCGUCAGAUAGUAAACCACCUGUAUAUGCAUCUAUCAAUAGAGAAAACAGACAAGGGAAUCCGUUAUACUCCUCCCUUGACCCCAAAGAUGCUCCUAAAAGAGAUCCUACCCAAAAACGUCCUGCACCAACCGAAUACGCCAGUAUUGAUAUUAGUAAACUGGCACCUGUGGAGAAAAAAGACGAGAAGAAAGGCGACGAUAAAGGCAAGGAUGAAAAGAAGAAAGAUGUGGUCUACAUUUGAUCUGUGAACAGUAUAAGACAGCUAACAAGAUGGUUGUGUCUAUGUACAUAUUGUUUCACCGAGUGAAUUUUGAAGAAAUUACCUGCCUAAAUUAAGCAACAACAUUUCACUGACUUUAACUUAGCACUUUAAAUAUAUAAUCAUUUGUUAGAUUUCGUUAAUGAGUCGAAAUACUUUAAUCACGUAGAAAUUAAGUGUAGAAAUAAGAUAGAAAAAAAUGAUGCGAUUGUAAGCAAUGUGGUAGAAAACCCUCGAAAUUUCUCCUUUACUAUUGAAUUAUAUUAUCAUAUGUUAGUCUUUAAAUACCCUGUUUAGUACAUGUAUUCAGCAUUCACGAUAUUUUCUCAUCUGUUAUAAUGGUAUUUGCAUAGUUUAAACACACUCUAGUUGGCAGACAUUUUUGUCAAUAGACUUUCAUUUUGUUUCGUGUUUGCUGCUCAUGUGGUGUGAAUGGUCUCUCUAGAUGGUAGAAGAAAUAAAUAUCAAAUAUUGUAGAGUGUAGGUCUUUCUACCAUCGACAUAUGUAUAGCCAAAAAAAUUUUUGACGAAGUAUUUUAAACAGAACGUAAAAGUUUAAAAUACGAUAUAUUUUAAAAGGUGGUAUGUGUGUGACACAAACUGUUUUCGUAAAUGUUACUUCAUUUAAUUCGACAUUUAAUGUAAGCAAUGAAUUUUCCGAUAAUUUGUGUUCAAACAAGUUAACCAAGGAAAAAAGCGGAGGUUUUUUUUUGAGUAGGGAUGGUGUAAUGAGGUUUGAACAAGUUUGUGCCACAUGUACUGCAAUCAAUUCCCUUAAUUUUUUUGUCAAAAGAUUAAUUCUUUUGUUUUAGUAAUAAUUUUUCAUACGUAAACAAUAAACAUACAAUGAACAUUUUAGUUGUAGUGAUAACUAUGAAUGUAUCAAUGUAAUAGUACGAUAAAUCGUCAUAAAUUUUGUAAUGUAAUUCUAGAUAAUUAAUGUAUGUAUUUAAUGCAUACGUAAUUGUAAUCAAUCAAUACAACAAUGUGCCUUCGCGUUUAUUAACGAAAGUUCAGGAUUCACCAUUGCGCGUAUGGUUGUAAACAUUUUUGGAAUUUUAUACUUAAUGAUACUAUUUUAAUGUAUUUUGCAUGCGUAAAAUAAAUAGCACGUAUACAAAUGAA